UAAAUUUGUUGUGCUUUCAGCAUGGAAAGGUUCAUUUAGUCUGUUUUCCGAUACUAGUAAUAUACCUAAACCACAAAGACUGUUAAAUGAGAGAUUCGCACGAUUUUCAGUUGCUACACAACCAGUUAAUAUGUACAUGUACUACGUUUUUGGUUGUUGUUUUUUCAUCAAAGAUUAUUACAAUUUAAAAUUGAAUUGUCAAUUUCCUAACAAUUUCAUCAACUGUGAUCAUCUACCUCGGACAUUGGACGAGGAUUGAAAGAUAUUGCGAAUAGAAAUUGUAGCGUGAGUGGAAAAAUAAUUAUAAAGUUAUGUUUUGCAAAUUUGCGAAAAUGAAAGCAAGGAGCAAUAUUUUAAAACUAGUGUUUACUUUGCUAUCUUUCAGUAUUGCAUCACUCUGAAUUUCCUUCCUUAUUGGGAUUGUUCAAAACACGUUACCUUAGAUACAUUCUGUACCGAUAAGAUAUCCCGGGUUCGCCCUUACCGAUUUUCCUUUUUUAUCUGUUUCUUUCCUUUAACUCUCUGUAAACACAUGCACAGUCACGCAUAGAAAUACACUCCACGUGGUGAGAUUGAAAAAAAAAAUCAAAACCAGUAGGGGGAACCAUCACUUUCCUAAAAAGCUGCUGCCAUUCUCCGUUCAUUUUGAUUUUUGGUUUGACGUUACCUUUUCCACGACAUGGCGGUGAAACAAUACGUAAUCACAUUUUGCCUGACGGCAGCAUGUUUGGCAGCAGUUGCAUUUGCAUCUUCAACUACAGAGAAUCCAACAACCAGCGCAGCUUCAAUCAGCAGUACAGUGACAGCGGACUCCUCAACAUCCGCACAGGCCACCACACAGACAACGGCUCAGUCAACAGCUCAGUCAACAGCUCCCGCCUCCACGGCAACGCCCCGAAAUAUACCAUGUCAUCAACAUUCCUGCGAAUGGACCGGGUGUCUGCAGAACGCGACUGCGGCUAAUUUGUUGACCAGCUGUAACACCUCCGGAAACUGUUUUGUAAAGAGAACAUCGAAUGACACCUACACGAAGGAAGAAUUCGGAUGCGAUGUCAAUGUGAAUGCGUGCAUGACGACAGUCCACGAUAACGGCGACGGAAAAAGAAUUUGCUGUACGACCGCCAACUGCAACAAUUUGAUCACCCUCCUUGACCAGCAAUCUAAGGCGCCGUCUAUAACGGUCUCCGUUGGCAUCAUUGUCUCUCUCCUUCUACUGUGCGUAAACACACUUUAAUUGGAGUCUUUAACAUUCCUUGUUUCUCAGAGCUAUGUUUUUCUAACAGUGGUUUUUUUUGCACAAUAUGACGUUAGAGACAUUCCUCGCCGACCGGAAGAAGCCACUUUGCGAUACAAAUAAUGAUCCUGGUAGAACACUUACGCCUUUAGUUUGUAUUUAGCUAUAUAAUUCAUAAAGCUGAAAACUUGGUUCGUCCAAAAGUAUGUAUGUUUGUAUUAAUGUUAAUAUUAACCUAUCACAACCUGUUGCUUUUGUAGUUGUUAUGCUUUGUCUGAUCGGGUUGAUGUACACGUAAUGAAAUUAGUCAUCAUUUAUAUACCUUUUUUAUCAUUUACGUUAAAAUGUUUCAAAACUUUUGAAGAUGCAUGUAUUACCUUACAAAUCUGCAAAUUCGGGUUGCUGUAAAUGAAUAGUCUAUGAAUUAAAUGUUGGUUUAAAAGAAACGGAAAUUUGAAUUGUUUUAGAGUAAUAUACAUGUUAUAUCUACAAAAACUAAUAUUGGUGUCAUGAAAAGAAUUAUGUGAAGAAAAUUUUGAAAAGUUUUUUAUUAAUAAAGCGUGUUUUAAAUAAAGGAAGUAGAUUUAGAGCAUGCUAAAUGUUGAUACGAUGUUCGCUCAUGUAAUACGAUGUAUAGAUGGUUUUACAAAAUAUAAACGUUCCUUAUAUAUUUAAAACAAUAUUGCUGACUCUUUUGAAUGUAGUUCACGCUUUGAAACUAUUUUCGAUGCACCUUCAAAUGUUCUUUUCUUAACUUUUCAUAAUUUGAUAUUCCUGACCUUGUUUGAUGAAGUGUGUCAUCUCGUCACGCUGAAAAUGUAUGACGGAAUCUAUUGUUUCAGAUGUAGGGCACUCGUCACGGAAUAUGUGUGACGGAAUUUAUUGUUUCCGAUGUAGGGCACUUUAAGUGACAUGGAUUUCACCAAGGUUUAUAUUUGAUGUAAUCAAAUGCAACGAUUCGAGUUGGAAUUUGUGAAAUGUUUCACUCGACUAAAGGACAUUUUUGUACUAAAAUUGUUCUGUGUAUCUUUUUUGCUUUGAAUUCCGAUAGUUUAAUGAAAAUUCGAAUGACUCUAUGUCCUUGUACAUGUGUUGAUUAUUAAAGCUGGGGAAACCAUUUACAUCUUCAAUACUACAUAUGUAUUUUUAAGCAUAUCUGUACCUCGGUGUUUAUUCACUCCUCUUCACUGUAUAAUGUUGCUGUCUAAUAAACUUUACUUUUGUAA